UCGUAUCACCCUUAGCUUAGAAAAAACAAUUUUCUCCACGUAUUUCGGAUAUUAUCCUUCGGUGGUCCAACAAGCUGUCGAUAUAUUUUUCUUUUCUAUCUUCUCUUCCUUUUUUCCUUUUCUCAUGUAGUUGGUAGAUGUCGGCGUGAAAUUAAUCAGUGAUGUAAGAUGGAACGGACAGGACUGGCGCGAUGAUCGAGAAUCGAUGACAAUCGUUACGCAAGAUAUAAAUGGAAAAUUGUCUCGUACAAUGCGUGGGUGAAUUCUAAAUUGCAAAUCGUCGAUUGCUUAUUAAUAUGCAACAGUUAAGGGGAGGUGAUUAUCGUACCUCGAUGACGCUUAAAUGGAUGGUGUUAACGAAGGAAAUGUAUCCGAAACGUUUAGACUGUGAUUUGCAAGUAAUUGUGUCGAAUGAAUAUUUUUUGAGUAAUAAAAUUAAUCGAAUUAAUAUUAGAUCGUUGUUAAUGUGAGUUCUGAACGCUCAAGUUGUUUGUGUAAAUGAGAAUAAUAUAAAAUAGAAGCUCUAAUAAAUGGGAGAUUAUUGAAAUUGUUCGAUGCUAGUCCGAGAAAUGGACCUUUAAAACGAUGAUUUCAAAAGUUUUGUAAAAUAGUGCUAUACGUUGUCUUACUUGCAAAGAUAAAAAGAGAUGGUGAUGAAAACGAAAACUUAUAUGGAAGAAUGAGGAACUGACGUAUGGUGGAAAUUGAUCGAAAGUUUUUUAAAGAGUUUUUACGUGACACUAUGAAACUUUAAUCGGAAGAUGAGGAAAUGACAAGCGACAGAUCGAUUAGGAAAUAAUAUGCUUGUGGACGGGGGUCGUGUAAGUUCAUCGUCGUAGCAAGGUCGGAAUGUUCCACAUAAACGGGUCACGAUGAAUAUGGACGUGCAAGUAAAUCGUUCGCUAGAGAGACUUCAAGACUUCGAGGCAUGGAACGUAACGAAUCCGGAGGAUUGCAACUAUUUCUCCGAAUCGCAGAGCAUAUUUUCAACAAAAUGGUUUCGUAGCAUUAUCUGCUUCCUGUAUAGCACCGUUUUUGUGGUCGCGUUAACUGGAAACGGUCUGGUCUGCUACGUAGUACACAGCAGUCCCCGAAUGAAAACCGUUACGAACUUCUUCAUCGUGAACCUUGCUUUCGGGGAUAUCCUGAUGGCACUUUUCUGUGUACCAACCAGCUCCAUCAGCACCCUGAUACUACAAUAUUGGCCAUUCGGCCCAGAAGUUUGUUUCAUCGUAAUUUAUUUGCAGGCGGUAUCAGUAUUGGUGAGCGCAUACACACUUGUUGCGAUUAGUAUAGAUCGCUAUAUUGCCAUUAUGUGGCCUCUGAAACCCAGAUUGAGCAAACGUCAAGCUCAGUUUCUGAUUCUAACUGUUUGGAUGCUUGCUAUGAUAAUAUCUCUUCCUAUCGCUAUUGUUUCAAAGCUAUCUCAACCGUCGAAGAAAUACGAAAGAUGCAAUCAAUACAUUUGCGCGGAAGUUUGGCCGUCGAUGGAGAACAAGUAUUAUUACUCAAUAGCGUUAUUGGUUCUUCAGUACGUGAUACCGAUAACAGUUCUGGUGUUUACAUACACCAGCAUCGCUGUUAUGGUAUGGGGAAAGAGACCGCCAGGGGAAGCCGAAAAUGUCAGAGACCAGAGAAUGGCACGAUCGAAAAGGAAGAUGAUUAAAAUGAUGGUAACGGUCGUAAUAGUGUUCACUAUUUGUUGGCUUCCACUCAAUAUAUUAAACCUACUAAUGGAUAAUAACGAGACUCUGGAAAGUUGGGCUGGACUUCCGUUCGUAUGGAUGGUUCUCCAUUGGCUAGCCAUGUCACACUCCUGUUACAAUCCAGUAAUUUAUUGCUGGAUGAACGCGAGAUUUCGGACUGGUUUCGUAACUGCGAUCGGACAUUUGCCUGGUGCACAUCGAAUGCUUCGUAGAGAGAGACAACGUGAUAACUAUAAUGCUAGUACAAUGGGCAUUCCCUUAACAGGUAUCAAUGACUCGGGCCAUUCCGUUUUGCGACGUAUGAACACAUGCACAACCUACAUCAGUGUCCGCCGCAAAACAAACGGAAACCAUACUGCACCCGCAAGAAGUGCCAGCAUCCGGAAUGACUCGUUUCGACCAGUGAAUCAACCAUUACAACGACAACUCGUUUAUCUCGAAUCCCACACAGAAGAACAACUGUAAAAGGAC